AAUCAAUCCCGCACGAGCAGUCAUCGCGCCAGGAUUUCAGAAGACGCGUGUUGUGUUCAUAAAAUAAACGACAGCAGUUGGUGUUGGAUUUAAUUGGUCGUGGAUGGCAUACGAACGAUUAGAGAAAUUUACCGUCAGGAAUCUGAGUAUAAACAAAGUGCAGGACAUAAAAUGCACUGAAUGUUCAGUAGAAUCAUGAUGAACCAAAUAUCUAUUCGAGGAAUAAAGAUCAAGUGACGAAAGAAAUAAGACAAUUGAACGACAGUAGAAAUACAUAAUGUAAAAUGACAGUAGAAAUAAGAAAUAUAGAGUGACUUUGGAAAUAAGAAGGAUAAGGUUACAGUAUCAAUAAAAACGUAUAAGAUGAGACCAUGAUAAUACAAUGCCAAAAUAAUGAAGUGAUAAAGUAACAUGAUAAGGAUGUACAAAACAGGCAGCAGUUUGAACUAAAAGAAAACAAUAAAAUUAGUUCAACAAUAGGUUACCAGAAAGGUUCAUAAGAGUAUCUUCAUAAAAACAAUAAAGUAGGUAAAAAUAUGGAUGAUUAAAACGAAAUUAUGAAUAAAAACGGAUAAAUAAACACGUUGACAACAAAGCAAAGCAAUUUUGCUUUAAGAAAGUAAGACUAAAUAUGUACAAUACAACAACUUUAAUAACCACCUUGGUGACAAUGACCGUAAUGGAUAAUGUGACAGAGAACCAUGAUAACAGAACGUCAAGCAACAGCGGUGAAUAUCAAGGCUAUAGAGAGCCCACGCAGCUUUUUAAGCUAAUAUUGAUAGUUUUUGGAUUUUUAGCAAAUGUGUUCUCAAUACUGGCUACUUUAAACGUUCCUCGUGAGCGAUGGUCACCGUAUAACACUUUAAUAAUUAACUUGGGAGUGUCUGAUAUCAUGGUGAUACUCUCCUGUGUUCUUCAUGAUAUCCUUAUGCUUAUAAAUCGCCGCCUCCCGUGCACGCCUGUUCUGAAUCGGAUGUUCCUCAAUAUUGCGCUGACGUCAACAUUGUUCAACCUUGUCUUGAUGGCUAUAGACCAUUACGUCGCCAUCAUGCAGGCCUUGUAUUACGAUCGCUUCUUCUCCAAGCAGAAAGUGAGAGUCAUCAUUGCAGCUUUGUGGGUGACAAGUAUAUUCUUAGGAUCGUUGGAUUUAUUUGUAAGUUUACCAAGCUUUCGGAAAGCAGACACAACAUUUUGUGAUCAUGUUAAUACUGUGAAUAGAACAACAUUUAACUACGAACUUGUCAUUGUCAUAUUUAUUUUCAUUGUUCUACUGGGCCUUUUGAUCAUCUACACAAGGAUCUGCUAUCAAGUGAGGAAACUCGUUCGGGAUGACCGCCAUAAUCGGUUGGAAAGUUCCCAUUCCAUGAAAGCCAUUGUCACAACAUUCCUUAUAAUUGGGACAUUUGCACUUUGUUGGUGCCCAAUAGGAUUAUACCACACCGUUCUGUACAUAUGGAAUCCAGCUUAUUCCGAAAUGAAUAAAGCUGCUCUUGACAGUCUGCGGCUAGUCAACUCGAUUUUGUUCCUGUUCGUCGUAUUAAACACAAUAUGCGAUCCUGUUAUAUACGCCGUGAGAAGAUCCGAAGUGAAACUUGGCUAUAUUAGAGUGUACAAUAAACUUCUACGAAAGAGAAGGAGAUCUUCUUUUUAUGAGAAUGAAAUGCACUCACAAUUUAGACGCAGAAAUGAUUCGCGUGAUACGGGAAAUGCCGACAAUACGAUUGUUACAAGACUAAGUAUCUCCGACAAGAGAAACUCGACAUGUACUUCAACUUGCACGUCGCCCACUGACAGCAGUGAACACUCAAAAUUUGGGCUCGAAAGGGACAAUUUAUCAGAUCAUUGACAUAUAACAACAGACAAUACUAUUAUUUGCAUUGUUAGAGUUAAUGAUUAAGGAUAUUUAUAUUAUGAACACAUAUGUUUCGAAUCACUAUCAGUAUGUCAUAUUUGAAAUGAACUUUUAUUAAUUUUUAAUGACGAGUUUUAGCGUACAUACGUUUAAUAACAGUAGACAAUAAGAAAGUCAAUCAUGUUUACAUUUAUGUUGUUGUAUAAAUUAACCUAUGUAUAUUGUAUCAGGUGGGUAUUUACAUGUUAUAACCGAAAUUGCACCAUCAUAUGUUAUCGUCUGUAUUCGAAGAAAAACAUCAAUUUUUUGUUAUGACCCUGUCGUUGUUGUCAACGAUUGUUUAUGCAUCGAUAUGGUAUUUGACGGCAUCCAACGCAUUUUAAUUGAUAUUUUGUAUAAAUGUUCAACAUAUUUAAAUGAAUAUUUAUACACAAAAAAACGCACAUUCACUUACUGAAAGUCGAGAAAUGCCCUUUCCUCGAUAGAAACGAGGAUCAUUGGCAUUCACUAAGAUUUGCCUUUCUUAGAUAUUACAUUCGACUGUUAUUUUACCAACGUGUUGGUUGAUGUCUUUCUCAUUGAAACAACAAUUUAACAUUGCCAAAGUAUUCCAUUUGAUUAAUACAAUGCCAGAUCUUUGAAACAUUAAAUAAUUUACACGCUAGUUUAUUGGCAAUUAAAUUUUUAUUGCUAAUUUUACAGACGGAUGUUUAUAAAAGUUUGAUGGUGCCCUGUUAUAAUAAUGCUUAGCGUGUUUUGCUGAAAUAGUAAACAUAAUACUUGUUUUUACUUCUGAUCAUUGUUAGACUACAGGUAGGAAAUAAACUAAAUUGUUAUGCGUGUAUAAUAGGCCAUAACUUAUUUCAAACCCGACACAAUAGUAUGCGCUAAAUUUGACAUAUCUUAAGUAUUAUUUUAUCGCACAGACAGAUGUAUUUAAUGAAGAAGCACUAAAAAGCCGACAAUUAUACAAUGAACAACAAACACCUUGCUAGAUUAAAAUGUUUGUUUUUUAUUUGGAAAACAGCUGUUUCGUAACAUAAAUGAAAUUUUCGUUUUUCGAACUUUGAAUUGCCAGGCCUUCCAAACUCGCUGUUGCGUUGUAUACUCCAGACAUAGUUAAAUAAAACGUGUGGACGAUUGGAAAUGAGAUUUUAAACAAAGAUUAUGUUAAAAUCAAUACUAAUUUGCGUUGUUAUAUCAAAAUGUAAUCGGUAAUUAUAUUUAUACAGUACUAAGGACAAAGUAGAUGAAAGUUCUAAAACACAUUUUAAUAGCUGAUUUAUACUGGUAAACAUCCUAAUGUUAAACUUUUUGCGUAGGCCGAGCCGCACAGCUUAAAAUGUAAUAAUACAAUGGAAAAUACAAAACAAGCACUUAAGUCGAAAGUUCAAAAGGUAAAUCCUGUUUAGGGGCACAAAGCAAGGGUUAAACGACAAUGAACUACAUACAUAUUAACAUCACAUACACACACACAAAAACCCAAAACAAACUAACAUCGCAUACAGAAAUACAAACACCACACACAAACCAUACCCUUAUCCUUGUUACUAUACGGUUUUAUGAUGGGAUUACCGUCUUAGAACGGUCAGUGAACAAUAAAAUCACUGGAACUUGAGUCUACUGGGGGCUUAAUACGGUCAGUGAACUAUAAGAUCACUGGAACUCGAGUCUACUGAGUCUUUAAAUAAUAAGCAAGGUCAUAAUCUCGAACGUGUCCCAUAAUUUAACAAUCAACCUAAAAACAUUGAAGCAUUAAGCAAAAAAUAUCAUAUAAUUGAUACUGAAUAGUUAAUUUCAAAUACUUAACGAACGGAUACCAACAUCACUUGUAAGCGAAGGAAUAAUACUCUGUUGAUUUACUUUGUAAAAUAACUUCAAUGGUUUUGGCUCAAAUUUCGGCUUGUAACGUAAUUGACAUGACUUUUUAGUUGUUUUCGCUCGUCAAAUUCGUUCUGUUACUCCAUUUCAAAGCUGAGAUAAGUGUCAAUACGUGCUUGUUAAUAUUGUUUUAUUGUAAGUUACCCUUUUAACGAUUUUAACGAUUUAAUUUUGUUCGUUUCUUUACCAUUUGUCAGUUAUCAAUUCAUAAUUCAGUUGACAAAUAACUUAAGCUUAUAUUGUAAAUAGAUGUUACUAUGAAUGUUUAUUUUCAAACGGAUAAAUUAAAAAACCUCCAUACAUUGCAAUACAUUUGUAUUUUGGUUUUGUUAGUUUGUACUUUUUGUCGUAGAUAGAUGUUGUUUUUUAACUACUUUUUAUAUAGAUACAAAUUGUACAAAACAGACUAAAUAGUGCUUGGUAUAGAAUAAGGCUAAUCAUUACAUGCUAAUUCGCUCGUAUGAAUGUUUUAUUCAUUAAUUGUCAACAAAAUGUUUCUUUACGUGUUUCUUUACCUAUAAGUGAUAAAAACAUAUUAAUCAUUGUUUUGCUGAUUUGUUUCAGAAGGCAAAUGUCGGAAAUUACAUUUUUCUCCAUUUAUUACACGUUUUAUUGUUCACUAUUUCCUACUUUUAUUGAACUUUUGU